CCUUUGAACUGCCGAUAGUCCAGUGUCUGUAUCACUUGUGUUAUCAACAUCGUGUAUUUACCGGAGAGAAAAGCACUGGUAGUAUAACAAAAGCCAAAUUUCCCGCCCUGCCAGCCUUACGUAACUAAAUGUCAGCUACUUAUACUUUUAAAUGGCCCCAAGGCCCAAAAGAGGUUAUUUUAACUGGAACUUUUGAUAACUGGUCAAAAUCAUUGUAUUUGAUUAAACAAGCCGAUGCCAGUUUUGAAUUGACUGCUCCUUUACCGUCGAAUGAAAGUAAAUUAUAUUAUAAGUAUAUUGUUGACGGUGAAUGGCAAGUUAAUCCAAAUGAAAAAACCACUAAUGAUGAUUCGGGAAUUGAAAAUAAUGUUUUGGAACCAUCCGAUUUGGUCAGUGCCAAUGAAUUGUCUGGAGUUCCAAUUCCGGAAGCCGGUGGUUUAGCAGUUACUGGCACUCGUGCUAAUUUAGAUAAAAAUCAAGUUAAUACUACGGUUUUACCUUCUUCCGAAGGUAAACAUGCCACCAUUGCCGGCGAACCAGGUAUUCAUAUUCCAAAAGAUCCUCAAGCUUUGGCUGCUUUUGAAACUUUUGAAGGUGAUGAGAAAAAGUUAACUCCUGAAGAAGAAGCAAUUGAAAAAAAGAAACAGAAAAAGAAGGUUAAAAGACAACAGUAUAAAGCUAAAAGAAAGAGUAAAGCUGCCGCCGCUGCUGCUGCUUCCGGGUCUGCUGUUCCUGAAACAACCACCACUGAAGGUGAAACUGAACUUGAACCUACUCCUGAACCGGAAUCAGUUGCCGAUACCACCAUUGACUCAAAUGAUAAAUCGUUGGGUAAAGAGGAAAAAUCAACUCUUGAAGCUGCUUCCAUUGCCGGUGCCGGUGCCGCCGUGGGUGCUGCUACCGCUGGUGGGGUCGCUUUAUCCAAUGAUGCUCAUCCAAGUACUUUAGACCCAAAAGCUUUAUCUCAAACUUCUCCUGAAUCUUCAAAACCUUCGGAUAAUUUGGUCACUGAAGAAUCUUUUGAACAACCAACUACUAAUAGAAAUAGUAUUGCUCCUGUUUCCGGAGCUGAUAUUCUUGAUAAUUCAAAACCAAUUAACGAUUCUGAAGAAAAGAAAGACCCGGUGGUUGCUGCCGCUAAAGAAGAAUCUGUUCCUGCCAUUGUUUCUAACCCGGUUGUCCCUAAUGACGUUAAAGAUUCUGCAACUGCUCCAGCUAAAGAUUCUGCUCCAGAAAAAGAAGUUGAUGCUUCCCCAGUUGUUAAAAGUGAAGAACCAAAGUCCACUGGUACUGCUGCUGCUGCCGGAACUGCUGCUGUCGGUACCGCUGCCGGAACUGCUGCUGCUGCCACAUCUCCAAAAUCUAAAAAUCUCGCUUCUGAAGAAGAAAUUGUCAUUGCUCAAGGCGGUGAAGAUUCUAAAAGUGUUAAAGAACAAAUUGUUGCUGCUAAUGGAGAUGUUACCGUUGAAGAAAUUCAACCAACUGAAUCUGAAGCUCAAAGAUUAACCGAAGAAGCCAACUUGAAUAAGAAAACUCCUUCUCAAUCUUCUAAGAAGUCUGCUGCUAAAACUGCUGCUCCUGCCACUGCUGCUGCUCCUGCCACUGCUGCUGCUGCUGCUCCUGCUGCUGCUUCUUCUCCUGCUAAAGAUACUAAAACUGCUGCCCCAGCCAAAGAUACCAAAUCUACGGCUCCUUCUACUACGGAAUCCGAUAAAAAAGAUAAGAAGAAAAAGAAGACUUCGCUUUGGUCCAAAAUCAAAAAGGCCUUCAAGUAAUCUAUCUCUGAUAGUUAUUCCCGUC